GGAAACGGAGGGAGCCCGGGGCUCGGAGGUAGCCCGAGGAAGGGAGACGGCUCGGGGACAGCUCUGGGCACGGAAGGGUCCUGGCGCACGGGGACAGCACGCACCGCCCCCGCACAUCUGCCCCUCACUCCCCGCAGCACUUGGGAGCGCCGGGGCGGCACCAGGGGCGGGUUGUCCGUGAGUUCUCCCAAAAGUUGGCGUCACCCACGGGGGGCGCAGAGCGGGGCGAGCUACCCAGCCAAGCCGCUGCUUUUUGGAGAAGACGGCUCUAGCUGGUGGUGUUUAAGGAAGGGGCGAAAGGAGCAGCGCUUCCCUCUGUCCAAGCCUGAGCAGCCCUGCAGUCCAGCCCAGGCAGUCCGGGUGUUACAGCGGUGCGCCUGCCUGUUUGUUGCUCACUCAGCAGUGUUCCUGGAGCUGCAGCCUGGUUUCAGUCCCGACACUUUGAGGAGGAUGGAAAACCCAGCCUGCCGGUGGGUGGAUCUGUUCACCGGUAUAUGCCAGAGCAAGGGAUGGAGGAAGUCUGCCAACUUCUUGUGGAGAACCAGUUGCAUCCAGUAAUGCAUAUUGGUAUGCCUUCUGGGACACUGAGAUGAUCACAAAAGAAGCAAGGAAAAAAUAAUGGAGAAAGUACCCAGACUAUCAGGAGGGUCCUUUCAAGGAAUCCAACACUCCCCUACUCCUCCUGACAAGAUAAGCAGCAUAGUACCACAAGACAUGGUGGAAGAAUUAUGAAGAGAAGUAAUAAACUGAAAGUAAAUUUCAACUUUGUAGACAAUAUUCCUGUUUAAGGAUUUAAAUGUUCAGAAAUCAUGCUCAUUUUCUGCUUCCAUCUCCUCCUUCCCCCUUCCAGCUGUGGUGUUUGUGUCUGGAGCCCAGGUCCCUUUUGCAUGCCCUUGAUACCCUCAACUGAAAGGAAUUUCAUUGGUUCAUCCCUGGAGGCUUCCCGUGUCCUGAGGGGGGCUCGUGUGUUGGCAAGGAGAGAAACUGAUGGCUAUUACUACCUGGGCCAUAUUGUCCAGGGGGUGAAGGGCUCCAGGGAAGGCUUUUUAGUUGAGUUUGACCAGAGUUGUGCUCUGAAGGGCAAGGUCCCGCGUGGCCGGCAGGAGACGCCCCUCUAUGACAUUCUGCACUACGAAGACACUCGGCGACAGCCUCUCGCUCCUGGGGACAGGGUCUUGGCACCAUGGGAGGCCCCAGCCAAACGUUUUGGCCCUGGCACUGUGCUAAGGGUUGUGGAGAACACAGAGGCACCUUUAGCACACAAUGAAAGGGGAGUGCUUGUGAAUUUCUGGAAUGGGCAGACGAAGGAGGUGUCUUCUGCCCAAGCUCUGCGGAUUCCCAUGCCCCUAAGCGAACGCAUCAUCCUGGAGCUGCAGAUGCCUUUAGCAGCCAGGCAGAUGGUGGUAGAUUCAAGCUUGGAUUACCCAUACCUUGUGGCACCAGGUUAUAGAGCCUCAGGGAACUACAGACAGGGUCACCUGGGCCUGGAUUGCUGCCCAGAGGCUCUGUAUUCCACUCAUCCCUGUGCAAAGUGCAGCUGGGGAUGCACCUUGCUUCCCCAGUGCUGCCUUGGAGCCUGGGAACGCACACGGCCUGCAGAGUGCAAAGUGCAGCAGGAGAAUGCCUUCAUCCCGGGAGCAAGCCUGACAAGCCUGACUGAAGAAAAGUUCAGCAAGAAAAUAGAACAGGAACUGUCUGAAUUGAAGAUUGCUUCUUUAGAAGGUGUUUCCAGAGAGGAAGAGAAAAAGGAAGAGAAGAGAUUAGAGACAGAAAACGUUCCAGUAGAUGUUAGGUCUUGUUUGGAAGAGGCCCAUGAGGUUAUAGAAACUGAGAAGGGUCCUCAGAGGGAGGUGGCUCAUGCUGUGGUUGAUGCUGCUGUCAACACAGACAGCUGGUUAAUGGAGACAGAUCACAAGGAAGAAGCAGAGAGCAGACAGCAGGAUGCUGAAACUGAAGCUAAUUUUGAACAUGAGCAUGGCCUUUUUGAGUCCAGAGUGGCAGGAGCUCCAGUCCAGCAUUCCCAGAGGAGCCCUUCCAUGGGAAGCAGUGCUUUGGUUCCUUUCAGGUGCCAGAGCUUCUUUGCCCAAGUGAAUCAAUCACUGGAGAAAGACAGCCUGACCAUCAGAUCAGCCCUUCGUGGGCAGAGACCCCACAGUACCACCCACCUGCUGGCUGGGAGAUCCACACUUCUCCCAAAGCUUCUAAAAGACAGCAGCAUCACAAAGUCAAUCCUUAGUGGUGCAUCUCAGAAGGGGUGGAAGGAGCUGGACUUCAGCAGAGCCAAGAUUGAGCACAAAAGGUGGCAAAAAGAACAGAGGCAGCUGAAGAGGGAGCAGCAGCAAGAGGCAGACGGCACCCGCCGCCAGCUGCGCAGGGACAGCCAGAGGCAGCGAUUGCAUCAGAGAACAUUGCAAGGGCUGGAGAAACAGCUGGAGCACAAAGAGAGAGGUUUGCAGCACAUGGCACUGCUCCAGGCUGCUGGGGCUGAGAGGAGCAGGAAGGAAUCCUUCUUUCAAGAGGAGGAGGAGAGGAAGGCAAGGCAGAGGCUUCAGUUCUUAAAGACACGGCGUUUGCAGAGAGAGGAGUUGCAGGCAGAAAGCAACAAAAGGAGCUCUGAACAAGAGAAAGAAAGACUGGAGUUGCUGAGGAGCAGAAUGCAGUCACGGCAGGAAGUGCUGGAACAAGAAUCCCAGGAGCAGGACAAACAGCAAAACCAGCACCAGGCUGCCAAGGUGAGAGUGUUCCAGAGGAGAGAGAGUUCUCAUCUGAAGAUGGAAAAAGAAGGCCAGAAACUCCGUGCCCUCCAGCAGUACCUCAGGGAACAGAAGCUCCUGCUGCUCCGGGCAUCCCUGCUCGAGUAAGGAAGCUGCACAGUGGGUGAGCAGGGCCUGAGCAGUUCACAGACCUGCUGUGUCCUGUCAGCUGUGAGUCAGUGUGACAGAGCACAGUUGUGGCAGGUGGCAUUUUGAUUCCUGAGAGGUCUCUAAUCUCCCUUUCUCUCCAGCCAGAGUUCACUUCCACUGCUGUGUCCUUCACCUGCCUUGCUUCCUGGGGUCACUGGCUUCCCCCUCCCCUGAGAGGGAGCAGCAGGGCACAUCUAGAGACACUUUUCUGCAUCAGAAAGGAGGGUAUUUUAGUGCAUUGCACUGUGGUGAGUGGAGGUGCCAAAGGAGAGGAGGAGGUUAAGCUUGUCACAUCCUGAAGUGCUCCCUCUUCCUCACAUCAUCUGAGGUACACAAUUCCCUAUGGCUGUGCCACAGGAAAGGCACUGAUCAGCUCUGGGUAACCAGAAAUUUCAGCCAGGUCUUUAGAAAAGGAGAAUGGACAUAGCACAAUUUAUUUGCUGAAACAGUCAGAGCUAUAUUGGAAAAUAUCUUUAUUUUACACCGAAUUAUGCUAAAAUGAAUACAAUAUAUGUGAUACCUUGUUUCAAGUAAUGCCUAGAACCAAACUAGAUACAAAAUUUAAAUUCAGCCUGACAUUCUAUGUACACUCAAAAACAUGAUACACAUUUUCUGGCACAUUAUAAAAAUUUAUGCCUCCUUCUAGAAUAUAGCAACAGUGAUAAUGGCAGUUUCUUAAAAAAAAAAACCAAAGAAAAAAGUGAAAUUAAGAAAACUUGUAAAAGGGAGCUCCUUUGAAAUCCUGCCAAAUCUGAAUGGCCAGCAGUUUCUAAACAGUAAGUGUCAGACUGCAUUCCUCCAGGGAUAAUAGAGAGGCUAUGCCUUCAGCUUUUCCCUAAAAAGACAAAGUUAGGUCUCUUAUCCAGAUGUUUACAAACUACUCUGAGACCUGAAUAGCUAAAAUGGGUCUUUUUAGACUUUAGGAUCCAUAAUGUACGUGCAUGAAGCCAUCCUGAGAUUUUCACUUAAAGAAAAAGGGAAAAGGGAAGAUGAACUUAAACAGAAGAUGAAGGCUUUAACUAACAAAAUAUCAGAGUUAAGGUCCAAAAAAAGUGUAACUUGCUUCAGAUUGUGAAAACUACAUGUGAGGCACAGUAGUUUUUGCAUUUUAGACAUGAAAUCCCAUCAUUUGGAUUAGUUUCCACUCUCUGGAGUGUCUGGAAAAGUUGGCUGGAAUUUGCUCAGCAAGAACAUGGAUGGUUGUGCCCCAGACCUGGCACACACCCUGCUGAGGGAACGUGGGUGCUGGUGGCACAUGGAGAUUUUCUUUAGGGUAAUGUUUGGGGGGGUUGCUUGCUUCUCUUCUUGUUUGAGUUCUCUUUUACAUAAAAUCUUGCGCUGGUUAGGACAAUGCUCUGCCUGCUUAUGUCUCUAACUAGACUUAAAGAAACAAGCCUAAAACUUAAAAGGUGUUAAACCCUACUCCUGCUUUUAUCCUUAUGCACUUGGAAAUGGAAUAUGCAGUGAUUAAAGGAAAGUACGUGAAAUAUACUGAGCUGAAUCUAAACUUA